GUGAGCUUAAGGUUGAGGAUUAUGAUAAUUAUGGUGCAUCUGCCCAUUCAGACUAUGGAAUGAUCACUCUUUUAGUAACUGAUGGGGUCCCUGGGCUUCAGAUAUGCAGAGAUAAGGAUAGACGGCCACAAUUAUGGGAGGAUGUGCCUCAUAUUGAAGGAGCAUUCAUUGUUAAUAUCGGGGACAUGUUGGAGAGGUGGACAAACUGCUUAUUCCGAUCAACAUUGCAUAGGGUGGUUGCAAUUGGGAAGGAGCGCUAUUCGGUUGCUUUUUUCCUUGAUCCAAGCACUGAUUGCCUAGUAGAAUGCUUAGAGAGUUGUUGCAGUGAAACCUCUCCGCCAAGAUUUCCUCCCAUCCGCGGUGGCGAUUACCUCAAGGAACGUUUGGAGUUAACUUAUUCGAAGUAAUAGUCAUUAUGCCAGACCGGUAAUUAUCAAAGCCCUUUCAUGUUGUUCUCAUGUAUUUGAUCUCUUAAAGUUUGUUGGCAAAACUGAAUACAUUUGAUUUUCUAUAGAUGCUUGGAAGCCAAAACUGUCUUCUGAAAUUUAAAAUCCAGUAGGUAUGAAGAGUGGAAUUCAAAUGAAGCCAUAAUUUAUCAUUUAUGAACAAGCAUAUUGGUUAUCUUUCAUGAAUUUGAAGAUUUUAUUUCUUAGAUGUUUGAUAGUAUUAGGCUCCUUCUUUGCCACCAUGCAAGCAAUCAAAAUAGUCAAAAUCAACACCCAACCAGCUCAAGUGUUGUCCUUUGAUUUUGGGCAAUUUUUAAGGAGAAUUAUGUAUCAUGUAUUUAGAUACUUGAGCGCAGUCGCCAAGUUCUAUUAUGAUUGAAGCAAAUUAGGAUUGUGCAA